GUGCCUGGGUGUUCAGCAAGUCAGAGUCCAGAGCACACGGUCAGCGCCAAUCUCGACGCACUGCCGAACUUCACCAGCCGCUAUAUACCCUUUGUACGCCACAUAUCCGUGCCUUUCCAUGUAACUUCUCCAUCACAAUGUGUUUCGGACCCUCCUCCAGGAGGUAAGAUCAUCAAAGCUGGAUUUGACUUUUAAGAAGAGUUGCGGUGCCCUCACCACCUCACCAUGAAACCCGUCCAAGCCCUUCUUAACUCGUGUCCUCGGCUUCACUUCUUGACCUUCGUUCUUUUCUUCUUCUUCUGCAGCAACAGCUACAUCACACACGCAGCCCCGUCACCGUCUGUCCCGGAGACUCGCAGCAACAACAACCCGUUGAAUAUUGAUUGGGAUCCCGCACCGUCACCAGAGGACGGACCGCCUGCAUCUGCAAACGCUCUCAGAGACCCUGCAUAUCUCCCUUACCAGAUCGGCGCCAUCGUCGGUUCCUACGGAGUAUCAUUGGUGCUGGUCGCCGGUUUGUUGCUCGUACUAUCGAAAAGACGUCGCGAGGCCCUCACUGCCGGUGACGUCGAGGUGAACUUUGAAGAAAUCGGACUUGACGAGCCACUCUACGAUCCAAAGUCACCCCCGAAACUCACCCUUGAGGUGCCGAGUUCGCCCAGGAGCAUCCCCCGGAGUCCCGUUCGCAACUUUUCGUAUCCCGGUGCCGAGGAGUACCAGACCCCGGAGUACCCAACUCCCCAGACCCCUUACAUCAACCCAACACCAACGUCAACGCUUCAGGCGCCCGGAAUAGACUUCACCGUUGACCAGAGGAUCGUCGCCAAAGACAAGAAAAUGGCGCAAACGCAACUUGAGGAGAUGUACAAGUACGUGAUGGAGCAGGAGGAGGCCAAACUACAGGGCAUCAAGCUGGAAGGAUCACCGGUACUUUCGGCCAACCCUCAGCUACCAACACCGACGAAUGCCAGCUUCUCAUCCCUGAGGAAGACAAAGCACAAGCCAGGCAACCUGAACCUGUCAGAGGAGAAGCCGGAGAAGAAGCAGUCGAGAGCCUCAUCCAUCUUCUCGGCCCUGCGUUCUCCCAAGAAGGACAAGAAUGUCCGAGGUAUCAGCAUUUCAUCACCCAUCAUGACGCCCAUGACGGGAACUUUCCCGAGACAGGAGGCUCAAGAGAUGAACGCCAUCCCGCCGCGGCAGUACGCGCCGCCUCCGCCCCCUCCAGUACCCAUGAGCCAGAUGCAGAUGCCAUACGGAGUCCACCAGCACAACGGCCAAGUAUCGCCCGUCAGCCCGGACCACUCCCCGGAGAGCACCCAGAGCAUCGACGAGCGGAUCGGCGGCCAGAUCCCCAUCGGCCACGUCCGCAAGCCGUCAGCAGCGCCCUCCGAAAUGGAUCCCAACUCGGCCGUCUCGGAGCGAUCGACCGCGCCGCUCAUCGGGCUCCCGCAAUCCCCGAAGCCGGGCGCCCGAUUCAGCUCCACCCUACCCUCGUCCCCGAAGCCGGGAUCCUCGUUCCAGCUCCCCGCCUCGCCCCUGCCAGGCGCCGGGUUCCGGUCCAAGGCGCCCUCGGCAGUCCGCACUGGCGGAUCCCUGCCUCUGCGCGCGUACGAGCCCGCGCUCAGCUCGCCUUCGCUGGCGUCGCAGACCACCAAGCAGACCGUGUUCACGCGCACGGGACCUCUGUCGCCGUCGGGAGCCCGCACGCCAGCUACUGGCAUGGCGGUGCCGUACUCGCCGUAUCAGCCUUUCACGCCUUGCGUGCCCAUGACGCCGUCGCUUAUUACCAAGGCUGACCGGAAGAGGAUGAAGAAGCUGGAGCCCAAGACGCCGACGUUGGAGAUGGUCAGGAGUGAUGAUGACAUCUGGUAAACGGGGGUCGCUUGUGGGCAGGUUUCUGGGGAGGUUAGAAAAGGAGACGAGGGCAAAAUACCCAUAUAGACUGUGGACAACGCAAAGCAGGGCCUGGCGGGCGACCGUAGGGUAAUGUCAUGAUGAAAUGUUUUUUUUAUUUUUACUCCUUUUGGAAAUGGGAUGAAGGAGAGGGGAAGUGAAAGAGAGAGAAAGGAAGAGAGAAACGUUUCUUGGCGUUGUCUCCUGAUUGGAUCAUGUUUUUUUCUUCCAUCGGAUUUUUAUCGCAUAUACGCAAAAUACCAUUUUACAUAGCAAGAAGGGAAGAGGGGUUUCCGGUUCAAAUGAUCAGAGUUUAUGACAAGAGUCAGUACGCGCAGGACAAAGGGUAGAUGAUGUGUCAUGCCCUCUCUCUCUGGAACGAGACGAUCUACCGGAUAGCAUCCAGGUAUUUAAUGAUUAAGUUUUUUAUUUUCUG